AUGUGGCUCCUGGGCACCGCGCGCGCGAACCUCGUCUUCUUUCCCCAACCUGAAGGCGUUCCUGGAGGCUAUGCUAUCCUGUCGCACACCUGGGGAGAAGAAGAAGAGACGUUUCAAAAGCCAUCCCGCUCGUCGCCACCAUGGUUCAACCCACGCGAUCGCCUCACUCAAAAAACUCGAUCAUUCCUUGAGCUCGCCGAACGGCACGGGCAUGAGUACGCUUGGGUCGACACAUGCUGUAUCAACAAGGAGAGCAGUGCCGAGCUCUCGGAAGGCAUCAAUUCCAUGUUCCGCUACUACGCCGUCUCCGCCAUCUGCUACGUCUACCUCAGCGACGUCGAAUACUCUGACACUGAUUCAGACAAGAUGUGGCACUCCUUCCGAUGUAGUCGCUGGCACUGGCGGGGCUGGACUCUCCAAGAGCUCAUCGCGUCCCGCGUCCUCGUGUUCUAUUCCAAGGAGUGGAUCUAUCUGGGCACCAAGUACGAGCUCGCCGAUCGCCUAAAACAAGCAACCGAAAUCUCCACGGCAGUCCUCCGCUUCGAGAGCCCGUUUAGCGACGCGAGCAUCGCGACGCGCAUAUCCUGGGCGGCGCAUCGGUACACCACGAGGCCGGAAGACGCUGCCUACAGCCUCUUCGGGCUUUUCGGGGUCAACAUGCCGACGCUCUACGGCGAAGGGCGGCUCGCAUUCUGCAGGCUCCUCAUGGAGAUCUCGAAGACCUCGCGGGAUCCUUCUAUUUUUCUCUUAGGAGAAAGAUGGUAUACGGACGACUUGGAAGACCUCAAAUCAGCCCUCCAGGAAGAGCCUCGAAGCGAAAUCCGUCGUCAUCUUCUCCCCAUUCAGCCUUCGCCGACCUUUAGCCUAUUCGACCCUAUUCCUAGGUUAAUCGGAUACGAACCCAGUCCCCGCUCGCAGAGAGGACAAGAUGAGGUGCGCUGGUAUGGAUGCCAUUCUACGCUGUGCUACAUUGACGACCAUUUUAGCAGGGCUCGAUUGCAAGCACGACCACAGAACUCCGUGCUCCCACGUUUUCCGUGUCACCAGGCGGGAUCGAGCUCCACGCGGCCGUUCUGCCUCUGGAUGAUACAGAGAGAUUCCUCCUCGUCGACUUAUUCUGCAGAGAUCCAGACCCCGUCUUCCUCUUGCUUGAAAGGGUGGACGACGAGCUCAACGCUGGCGCUGCUCCGCUCUACCAGCCCGCAGAGGAACCCGUUGUGUCGCUGCGGGAAUCACGCACGGUGA